AUGGUGGUCAUGGCAGACAUGCAAGGGCCAGCUGCGGGAGCAACAACGCGCGUCGCCGUCUCCCUCCUCCUCCUGAUAAGCCUCACCGGCGGGAGCCCACCGCCGGACCCGGUGUCCUGCACCCGCGGCACGUCCGACUGCACGGUGACGAGCACGUACGGGUCGUUCCCGGACCGCACCAUCUGCCGGGCGGCGAACGCGACGUUCCCGCGGACCGAGCAGGAGCUGGUGGCGGCGGUGGCAUCGGCGGCGGCGGCUCGGCGCAAGGUGAAGGUGGCCACCAGCCACUCGCACAGCUUCCCGAAGCUGGCGUGCCCGGGCGGGCGCGACGGCACCAUCAUCAGCACGGAGCGGCUGAACGCGACGGUGCGCGUGGACGCGGCGCGCCGGCUCCUGACGGUGGAGAGCGGCAUGCUGCUGCGCGACCUCGUCAGGGUAGCCGCCGACAACGGCCUGGCGCUGCCGCACUCGCCCUACUGGUACGGCCUCACCGUCGGCGGCAUGCUGGCCACCGGCGCGCACGGCAGCUCGCUGUGGGGCAAGGGUAGCGCCGUGCACGAGUACGUGGUCGGGAUCAGGAUCGUCACGCCUGCCCCGGCCUCCCAGGGCUUCGCCGUCGUUAGGGAACUCGCUGCCGGUGACCCCGACCUCGACGCCGCCAAGGUCUCCCUCGGCGUCCUCGGCGUCAUCUCUCAGGUCACUUUUGAGCUGCAGCCGCAGUUCAAGCGGUCGGUGACGUUCGUGACCCGCGACGACAAGGACAUGGCGGAGAAGCUGGCAGUGUGGGGCGACCUCCACGAGUUCGGCGACGUGGCAUGGCUGCCGCGGCAGGGCAAGGCCAUCUACCGGGAGGACGACCGCGUCGACGUCUCCACCCCCGGCAACGGCCUGAACAACUACAUCGGCUUCCGCGCGCAGCCGACGCUGGGCCUUCUCACCGCCAGAAAAGCCGAGGAGCGGCUGGAGGAGAACGGCACCGACGUGGCGCGGUGCCUGGCGGCGCGUCUCCCCGCGGCGACGUUCGAGCUGCAGGCGUACGGGUUCACCAACGACGGCGUGUUCUUCACGGGGUACCCGGUAGUGGGGUUCCAGCACCGGAUCCAGGCGUCGGGGACGUGCAUCAACGGCGGCGACGACGGGCUCCUCUCCGCCUGCACGUGGGACUCCCGCAUCCGUGGGCCUUUCUUCUACCAGUCUGGCUUCAGCGUCGCCAUGUCCAUGGUCACCGCCUUCGUCGCCGACGUGCAGCGGCUGCGCGACCUCAACCCGCGCGCCUUCUGCGGGAUGGACGCCAAGAUGGGCGUGCUGAUGCGCUACGUGAGGCGCUCGUCGGCGUACCUCGGCAAGGCGGAGGACUCGCUGGACUUCGACGUCACCUACUACCGGAGCUACGACGAGGGCGUCCCGCGCGCGCACGCCGACGUCUACGACGAGCUCGAGCAGAUGGGGCUGAGGAAGUACGGCGCGCUCCCGCACUGGGGCAAGAACCGCAACUUCGCCUUCGACGGCGCCAUCGCCAGGUACCCCGGCGCGGCGAGGUUCCUGGAGGUGAAGGACAGGUACGACCCGGAUGGCAUCUUCUCCAGCGAGUGGAGCGACCAGGUGCUCGGCAUCAGGGGCAGCCCCAACAUCGUCGGGCCGCGGUGCGCCAUCGAGGGCCUCUGCGUCUGCUCCGACGACGAGCACUGCGCGCCGGAGCAGGGGUACUUCUGCCGCCCCGGGAAGGUGUACACGGAGGCCCGGGUCUGCGUGUUUGAACAACGCACACGACUCGUCGACGAGCUGUGA